UCCAGCACAUGUGCCAGAAAGGAAUGAACCAGGAUUUUCCGAGUAUGGCAAUGUGCAUGGGAAACUUUUGGCUCAGCAGUACUUUGACACAGACAGUGAUAGAAAGCAGUUUUUAGACGAGUGGCAAGUUCUGAAGUAUGACCUGGUCAAGUGGAAGAAAGAGUUGCCAGACGAAGUAAGAAAGCCCCCUGGUGGAAAAGACCUUACUACAACACCAACUGACUGGUGCCUUAACAAGUUGCUGCAGUUAAAGAAUUUGGCACCAUUCAAUCUUCCCCUGGUUUGCCAAAGUGGCAAAUGCUGUGGUCUUCCUUCCAGCAUCAAAUGCAUGGCUUGAAAGGGGAGGAAGUGCCUUGAAGAAUGCAGAAUGACUUGCUCAACACCCUUCUCCACAUUUUGAUCAAUGGCCCAGCAGUCGGGAGCAAGGAAUGUGAAGUUCUCAUUGAUUCGGCUGUUUCAUCCUGGUUGGGAGCUAAAACUCUUCACAAGUGCCCUCCAAAGAUUUUCAACACAGCAACACCACCUAUGGCUGGUCCAGGAUCUGCAAUUGAGUAUGUUUGUGUGGUAAUUGUACAUGAUGCUGGUGUACAGGCAAGUGACGAUGACAUCCAGUCAUUCCAUUCUGUUGCAGAAGAAGUAGAGGAAACUUUCAAAGCCUUAGAGCUGCCAGAUUUGCAUGAUGAAGAUUCUGAUUACGGCUCUGACCUCGAUAUUCAUAAAUGACAGAAAAUGUUGUCAGUUUCACUCCUAAUAACUUUAUAAGUUAAAGUCAAAGUGUAACUAAGAAGAAAGGAGGUUCUGAGAACAACAGUGUUUUGAUGUAGCAACUGCAUAGCUGUGUA